AUGGAAAAUUUACUAAAACGAAGGUUUUUUUAUGAUCAAUCCUUUUCAAUUUAUGGUGGUGUCAAUGGUCUAUAUGAUUAUGGUCCAGUGGGUUGUGCAAUAAAAGCAAAUAUUAUAAGUUUAUGGCGGCGACAUUUUAUUCUAGAAGAACAAAUGCUUGAAAUUGAUUGUUCAAUCUUGACACCUGAAAUUGUACUUAAAGCAUCCGGUCAUGUUGAUCGAUUUGCAGAUUCUAUGUUGAAAGAUACUCAAACAGGUGAAUGUUUUCGAGCCGAUCAUUUAAUUGAAGAUCAUCUUGAAAAAUUACUUGAAGUAAAAGAUAUUUCUGAUGAAAAGAAAGCUGAAAUUCAACGAAUAUUACCACAAAUCGGUAAUAUGAAUGUUAAAGAUUUGCAAAAACUUUUAGAACAAUAUAAUAUAAAAUCACCUAAUACUAAUAAUGAUCUUUCAGAACCUAUUGCUUUUAAUUUAAUGUUUUCAACUUCAAUUGGUCCAACAAGUCAAAUGAAAGGUUAUCUUCGACCCGAAACUGCUCAAGGCAUGUUUGUUAAUUUUAAAAGAUUAUUAGAAUUUAAUCAAGGUCGAUUACCAUUUGCGGCUGCUCAAAUUGGUAAUUCAUUUCGAAAUGAAAUUUCACCACGAUCAGGUGUACUUCGAGUUCGUGAGUUUACCAUGGCAGAAAUUGAACAUUUUGUUGAUCCCAUUGAUAAAACUCAUUCAAAAUUUGAAACUAUUGCUGAUCUAGAGGUUCAACUAUAUUCAGCGAUUAAUCAAAUAAAUGGUGAAUCGGCUCAAUUAAUUCGUUUAGAUGAUGCUGUUCGUUUAAAAUUAAUUAAUAAUGAAACACUUGCGUAUUUUAUUGGUCGAAUAUAUUUAUUUUUAAUUAAAACUGGUAUUGAUAAAAAUCGAAUACGUUUUCGUCAACAUAUGAAUAAUGAAAUGUCUCAUUAUGCUUGUGAUUGUUGGGAUGCUGAAUGUAAAAUAAGUUAUGGUUGGAUUGAAUGUGUUGGUUGUGCUGAUCGAUCAUGUUAUGAUUUAACACAACAUAUAAAAUUUAGUAGUCAACGGCUUGUUGCUGAACGAUCAUUAUCUACACCAAAACAAAUUCAAAUUAGUGAAAAAAGAUUAAAUCAUAAAAUGAUCGGUCAAUUAUUUCGUAAAGAUGCUUCAAUAAUACUAGAAUAUUUACAAAAUUUAUCUGAGAAUGAAGCUCAAACUUUACAUAAAAAACUUCAACAAAGUGACGAAAAACUUACUAUUGACAAUAAAGAAUUCAAUAUUACAAAAUCAAUUUUUACAUUAGAAACAAUUGAAAAAACAGUUCAAGUGGAAGAAUUUAUUCCAUCAGUAAUUGAACCAACAUUUGGUUUCGGUCGUAUAAUGUAUACUACAUUAGAACAUAACUUUAAAAUUCGUCCACAAGACGAUCAACGAAAGUAUUUCACAUUACCACCUUUAAUUGCACCAUAUAAAUGUGCUGUUUUACCAUUGAGUGCUAAUGCAGAAUUUAAACCAUUUGUUAAACAAAUAUCUGAUCUUUUAACUCAAAUUGGUAUUUCAUAUAGAGUCGAUACAUGUAGUAGAGGUAUUGGUAAACGUUAUGCACGUUGUGAUGAAAUAGCUAUUCCAUUUGCAAUUACAAUUGAUUUUGAUACUUUAAGUCAACCACAUUCAAUAGUAUUACGUGAAUUGAAUUCAUUACAACAAAUUCGUAUUAAAAUUGAUGAAAUUGCAUGUGUUCUUCAAAAUCUUUCAACAGAAAAAGUAACUUGGGAUGAAAUAUCAACAAUAUAUCCUACAUUUACAGAACAGAAAACUAAAAGAUUAGAAGAUAAAAGAGAAGAUGAAAUGAAAACAAUCAAUGAAAAAUUAUCAGAAAUAAAUAGUAAUUGUAAAACGAUUAAAUCUGAAGAAGUUGAUGAACAAAAUAUGUCAUAUCAAGGUGAAUAUACACGAGAACGUCGAAAUGCAUUCGUUGAUGCAUCAACAGUAUGGAAAAAUGCUAAUGCGUCUUGUCCAAAACAUUAUUAUAAUCAAUUAGCUGAACGUAUUCGAGAACUUGAAAAAGACAUUGUACCUGAUCUACAUUUUUAUCAAGUACCACCAGCUUAUUCACCAUUUUCAGCUAUAACACCAUGUUCAAAUGCUAGUGGAUUUGGUUUUUCAAAUUACCCAUAUACACAUAAUUUUCCGUUCAAUUUGAUUUCACCAAAUUCAUCUGUACCAACACAACCAUUUGGUCUAUCUUCAAAAAUUCUUGAACGUGCUUAUGAAAUUCCUGAACGAUUUUGGAUUGAUUGGCAAGAAAGACAAAUGCAAAAUCGAAUAGAAGAACUUGAAAAUAUUAAAAACAAAUGCAUCAGUCCAAGUAAAGUUGAUUCAACAAUAUCAAAUCAACAAAAAGAUCAUUUAUUACGUCAUAAUGCACAACACCAUAUUAGUCCUCCUCAAUCAGCAGCUUUUGAUACGAUAAUUUCAACAAAUGAUGAUAACAAAAUAUCUUCAUCAACUAGCGAUAAUAAUUGUUCAUUUAAUUUCGAUCAACGAUCAAUAGAUAAAGUCAAUAGAGAUAAUCUACAAGAUAUGAAUACAUCGUCACCUAUGAAAUCAAUAACUUCUACUCCAUGUCUACGAAAAUCUCAAUCAACACUUGAUCGUUCUCGUUUAACUAUAUUCUUACCAUAUUCAUUUACAAAUAUACCAGAACAAACAAUGUCUACCAAUAAUCAAACAACGUCAUCUGCUAAUAGUAUUGAAGAUGUAGCACAAAUAGACACUGAACUUAAUCUUAUAUUAAUUUUACGAGAAAAUCGAGAUCAAACAAAUUCAUUAUUAUUUUCAAAAGUUAUUAUUGAUCGUACUAUUGAAUUUCAACCAUUAUCAUCAUCAUCAUCGAAAAAAGAAUCAUCAACAUGUCUAAGAAAAAACAUCAAUUAA